AUGGAAACUCAAAGUGCUGAAGAUAAUAGUGGUGAUAUUGAUGUUAAUGUUGGAGGGGUCUCAGCUAAUGUAGAUGUUAUUGGUGAUUUGGAACUGAGUGUAGCAUGUUUCUCUGAGAAAGUUUCAAACUUGAGUAUUUUUAUGAUGAAUUUGGAAACUUUGGAAGCUGAAUUUGAGGGUUUAGUUAUUAUGGGUGAAGAAAACAUGGACGUGGAGUGUGUUUUAAAGGGUUUUGAAUUUGAUUUGUUAUGUGGGGUGUUGGAUUCUGAGGUUAGAGAUUUGGGUUUGUUUUUGGAUACUCUUCAUGCUGGGAUUUCUGAUGCUAAAGAUAGAGUUUCUUCUUUUGAGGAUUGGCAAGAUAGGUUGAUUGAAUUGGAACAAUGUUUGAAGCUGUCGGAGGAGCAGUUUUACGAGAUUAAGAAACAAUCUGUUAAUUUUCAAAGGUUUUUUGCUUCUGAUAAGAAGGAAGAGAAUGGUAAUGUUGAAGAGGGUGGAAAUGUCCAAGAGGAUAAUCAAGUUUUGGAUGUAAACAACACGAUGAACAUGGAAACAACUUUGAGGAUGCUUGAGAAAUCUCUAGCAAAUGAAAUAGAUCUCGAGAAGAAUUUCAAUGACUCGAAGAAAAUUGAAGAAAGUCUUAAACAAAGGAUUGCUUCUUUACAAGACGAGCUAAUUCAAAUGGAGGAAGAAGCAAUUGAAGUUUGGGAAAGAUGGUCUGAAGCAGACAACGCCUGUGAGAUCCUAAAGGGAAUUUCAAAUGAAUUGUUGGCUAAACUCAAACUUUCUCAGUUCAAUUUGGUGGGUUUAAGAAAAAGUGAAUCCGAGCUUACAGCUAAGCUGGAAACUUGUAUACAACAAUUGAAAAGUAGAGAUGCUAAUUUGGACAAGAUAAUUGAAAGCAAGAAAGCCGAAGAUUCUGAAGCUGUCUAUUUAAGUAUCAAGGUGUGUUCACUUGAGAAGCAGCUACAAGAAACUGAAUGCCAGUUAGUGAAUGUGAAAACCUCCGCCGAUGAAUAUCAACAACAAUAUAAUGUUGCAUGUUCUGAAAUUAGAGACAUGGAUAACCUUAUCAUGGAACUGAAAGAAAAUGUAUCGAAUGCAGAAAACCGGGCUAAUGCAGCAGAAGUUCAGUGCAAAGUAUUGAGGGAAACAAAUGAAGAACUCAACAAGGAGCUUUCUCUUUUAAAAGACGGUGGUAUCACAUCCGAGAGUGUAGAGUUACUUGAGAGGCAGCUAAAGGAGUAUGAUUUAAAGCUGCAAAAUGCAGUAGCUUCUGCUGAAGCUAGUCAAGAAAAGCAAAAGAUGCUGUAUUACACAAUCGAAGAUAUGAAGCAUGUGAUUAAAGAUCUAAAAUCAAAGGUUUCUAAAGCUGAGAGUUUAGCUGACAGUGCAGAGGAGAAGUGUAUCAUAUUAUCUGAAUCUAAUGCUGAUUUAAAUGAGGAAAUAAGUUUCUUGAGGAAUCGAUUGAAAUACUUGGAGGGAUCACUGCGCCAAGCUGAGGAAGCGAAAAGGGCAACUGCAAAGGAUAUUGGAAAGCGAACCAAAGUUUUCAAAAGUUUGGUGACACAGCUAGCAUUGGAGAGAGAACAUCUUAAUAAGAAGUUUUCUGCCUUAGCAAGCGAGAACAAAAUUUUGGUAGUGAAGCUGAAGCAGGCAUAUAAGGAUCCUUCUCAAGAAGUUAGUGCAACUUUAUCUUCUGAGCACAAGGAUAACAAGUCAUUCAAAACCUCAUCUGCAAAUGCUAGUGAAGUGAAGUCUGAUUCUACAUCAGAUGUCGGGACUGUGAGGAGAAUAGAUGCAGGAGUUCUUUCUUUUAAGCCCUUAUUAAUAUCACUGUUUGUCGUCGUGAUUUCAGUUGCGAUAUUUCUGUAUUUCCAAGGACUUGAAUUGAAUUGA